AUGGUGACCUUUCAGAACAUGCGCAGUGGGUGGAGGCUCGGGCUUGUCGCCGGCCUCCUGGCCUCGGGUGUGGUGGCGGACCGGAUCAUCGAGACGAGCGGCUUCAAGAUGUGCUCCGAUGAAUCUUACAUCAAGGUGCAAAAAGCGUACAUCAGCUACAACCACGACAAGGGCUCGAUCUCCUUCGACGUCUCUGGCUCCAGCUCCGGGUCCCGCUACGUGAGCGCCGAGCUGGAGGUCGUGGCCUACGGCAGAAACAUCUACAGCAACGAAUUCGACCCAUGCAGCGAGGCCAACUUUAUAGAACAGCUCUGCCCCCUCCCCGAGCAGGAAUUCAUCGCACAUGGAUCACAGGCCGUGCCGGAGGAGGGUAAGAGCCAGGUCCCCGACAUCGCUUUCCAGAUUCCCGACAUUUCGGCCACGGGGACGCUCAAGCUAAAGGACAACAGCACGGAAGAGGUUGUGGCCUGCAUUCAGCUCGAGGUGACCAAUGGAAAGACGACGAAGCUGCCCGCUGUCUCGUACGUGGCCGCUGGUGUCAUUGGUGCUUCGGUGCUCGCCUCUGGUGCGUCCGCCAUCACUUCGGCCGUGUACGGUCCGGGAUCUGGGCCGAUCACGCCUGGUCUGACAGAGAUGGUCGGCUGGUUCCAGGGCAUGGCAAUGAAUGGCAUGCUGUCGGUCGACUAUCCUCCCGUGUACCAAAGCUUCAGCCAGAAUUUCGGAUUCAGCGCCGGCCUGGUCGCUUGGGAGCCCGUGCAGCGGGCUAUCGACGACUUCCGUGCGAAGACAGGUGGAAAUCUGACUGAGGACAGCGUUCCCUACCUGAAGAACACUACAGGUGGUGGCCUGUUCCAGACAAAGCGAGCUUUUGAGGAGUUCGAGCUCUUGGCCAUUAGAGAUCUGGAGCUUCGGUCCGAAGACACUGUCAGCCAAACCGUUUCUGGCAUCAAGGCAUUCGCCGAGAAGCUUCGCGUACCCGGAUCUGAUAUCUUCAUGACCAUUCUCCUCAUCGUUGCCAUCAUCAUCGCUGGUAUUGUCUUCUUCAUGGUCCUCUUCAAAGGCUUGCUCGAGCUCUGGGCCAAGUUUGGAUCCUUCCCACAAUCGCUUACUGGUUUCCGCAAGCACUACUGGGGUUCGAUUGGCCGAGUCAUCACCAUGCUGAUCCUGAUGCUGUAUGGCAUCUGGGUGCUCUACUGCGUUUUCCAGUUCACGCGCGGCGACUCCUGGGCCGCGACAACACUCGCGGCCGUCACUCUGGCCAUCUUCACCUCGGUCCUCGCAUUCUUCUCCUGGAGGAUCUGGAGGGCCGUGCGAAUCAUGAAGGAGCGGGACGGCCACACCGGCGCGCUCUACGACGACAAGGAGACCUGGACCAAGUACUCCAUCUUCUACGACAGCUACAAGCGAGACUACUGGUGGGUCUUUGUCCCAUUCAUCCUGUACAUGGCCAUCAAGGGGAUCGUCAUCGCAGCCGGUGACGGCGCAGGCAAGAGCCAGACGAUUGCGAUCCUCAUCGUCGAGGCCAUCAUGCUCGGCCUGCUCCUCUGGAGCCGCCCGUUCGAGGAGAAGUCGCACAACAUCCUCAACAUCGUCAUCCAGGUCGUGCGUGUCCUCUCCGUCGUCUGCGUUCUCGUGUUCGUCAGAGAAUUCGGCAUCAGCCAGGAUACGAAGACGGUCACCGGAGUUGCGCUCAUCGCUGUCCAGUCCACUUUGACGGGUGUGCUGGCUCUGCUGCUCGUUGCGCACGUCUUCAUGGCUAUGUGCGAGACCAACAAACAUCGCAAGAGAAGAAAGGAGGCCGAAAAAAUGCAACACGACAUGGACGACCUCACCCCUCUCACCCCCCUGGACGGACGAAUCUCCAUCAUCGCCGGCCACAAGCACUCGGACAGGAAGUCCGUCAUCUCCAUCGCCACCAGCCACCGCCAGAUGCUCGACCACAGCUCAGGCCGGCCAGACACCCCGGACCACUACUACGCGGCCGACGCGCACCGCUGGUCCAUGGCUUCCCAGAAGAACGGCUCCAGGAAUCUCACUUCACCCAACAACGGUGGACACGCAUACCAGUACUCGACGGAUGGGGCUCGAGGUUACCGUGGGUGGUAA